AUGAUUCGAGUUCUUCUUCUCCUUUCUGUCCUUGUCGGCAUCGCGGCUUCCCAGAACAUUUGUAGCUGGCCCGUUGACUUGGGGGGAAACUCGUGUUCUGCUUCCAAUUCUUCGAUUCGCUUCUUCUAUGAUGUAGAAUUCAAACGUUGUCUUCCAUUCCUGUACAAUGGAUGCGGAGGAAAUGAGAAUAACUUUCCGGAAAUGCGACUGUGUCGUCAGAGAUGUACUCCACUUGAUCAACUAGUCUGCCCUGCCAAUACCCCAUCAAUACCGAACAAAUCUGGAUCAACUGGUUGUGGUGCAUGUGAUGAUCCGACGAAGAGCUUCUGUCAUAAAGGACCUAAUGGAGCUGGAAUCUGCUGCUCAUCGGAUGCACAGAGAAAAGUGAACGAAGAUCGUGAAUUGACAUGUUCAAAUGGGAAGAAAAAGUAUACCAUCGUCCGUGGGGACAAGGAAAGAGUCUACAUUGGAAAGUCGUGUGAUCACAAGUUCUGUCCAGAUGGAUACGAUUGCCAAAAGGGAAAUUAUUAUGCAUUCUGUUGUGCCAAAUAA